UGUGGCCUGCUGAUCGUGGUGUCAUUUGUGAUCAGCCUUUCAGACUCCCUGACUCACUGCUUGAUGGUGUCCCAACUUACCUUCUGCACACAUGUGGAAAUCCCUCAUUUCUUCUGUGAUGCUCCUCAGCUUAUCCGCCUCGCCUGCUCCGACACCCCCACCGGUAACAUAUUAAUCUAUUCUGUUAGUGCCAUCUUUGGUGGCAUCCCAGUCUCAGGGAUCCUUUACUCUUAUACUCGAAUUGUCUCCUCCAUUCUGAGAGUCCCCUCGGCAGGGGGGAAGUCCAAAGCCUUCUCCACCUGUGGCUCUCACCUGGCCGUGGUUUGCCUGUUUUAUGGCACAGGCAUUGGGGUGUACCUCAGCUCAUCUGUGUCCCUGUCCCCCAGGAAAGGUGCAGCAGCCUCGGUCAUGUACACGGUGGUCACCCCCAUGCUGAACCCCUUCAUCUACAGCCUGAGGAACAGGGACAUCAAGAGGGCACUGUGGAGGAUUAUGAGCAGAACAGCCUGA